AUGGCGGACAACAAGCCGGGCUACUCACUGGUGCCCGGCGAUGGCGGUCGAGCGUCGGGGUUGAUCAGGCGGAGGACCGCCGAGGAGGAGCACGGCAGCGGCAACGGCUUCCUCGAUUUGUCGCUUGGCUCCAUCUACAACAACCCGUCGUCCGCGGCCGACGGUGGCUUCUCGCCGGUGGCGCGCGCGUUGCUGCCCACGGCUGCGGCGGCGCCGCUGGACGCGUCGUCGGCCGUGCCGUCUGUCCUCGCCGCCGCCUCGGCGGCCUACGCGCCGCCUGUGCCUGCUAAUCGCGCUUCGGCAUUCGCGCUGGGCCUUGCUGCCUCGGCGGUGCCCGGCGACGGCAAUGGUGGCGGGCAUGUCCUUGUCCGUGCUUCCAAGGCCCUGGCGGUGGCGAAUCCGGUGUCUUUGUUGCCGCCGCUGUUUGCUAGUGAUGGCAGUUGCGCCGUCCCAGUCCCCGUCCCAGUCCACGGCAACGCCAUGGACGCCAGUGACAGUGGCGCGACGCCGGUGCCUCGAUCCAAAGGAGCUGUGGCGUUGUUGGGUGCAUCUCCUCCCUCGUCCGUGCCACUGCCUCCCAACAGAAAGUCCCCGCGUGGGCGACGCGGCAAUGCCACCGGUUGCCGCCGCCGCAGCGGUGCAGCCGGUGAUGAUGCAGAUGCUGCUGACGCCGCACCGACCACCGGUGGCGAGAACGCGCCGCCGCCGUUCCCGUGGGCGACCAACACCGCGGGCGCGCACCCAACGCUCGACGAGCUGAUCGAGCGAGGGAUCAGCUUCGUCGAGGGCGAGGUCCGCUGCAAGCGCUGCGACGCUGGAAAGACGAUCUCGUAUGAGAUCAGGGCCAAGUUCGAGGAGAUGUCUCGCUUCAUCGUCCGCAACGUGGAAGCCAUGCACGACCGCGCGCCGGCGGAGUGGAUGUACCCGGCGCUGCCGGACUGCGACAAGUGCGGGCAGAAGAACAGCCUCCGCCCCGUGAUCGCGGCCGACAAAUGGAGGAUUAAUUGGAUGUUCCUGCUGCUCGGCCAGACGCUGGGGCUCUGUACUCUGGAGCAGCUAAAGCACUUCUGUGCCCGCACCAGGCAGCACCGCACCGGUGCGAAGGACAGAGUCCUCUACUCCACCUACAUGGAGCUCUGCAACCAGCUGUGCCCUGGUGGGCCGUUCGACAUGGCGUCCGAGAGGAAGAACAGGACUCGUCCAUUUGCUUAA